CUAAAAUCUAAAUUACGGAAAAUAAAUAUCAUUGUGAGAAUCGAACCUAUAUCGAAAUUGUACCUCCUACUUUGUUUUUAUUUUUUUUUUUUAAAAAAGUUUGAUAUAUUGGCUACUCCCAUUUAACGGAUAGAAACAAAACAAUGCCACUCGUCCAGAUCUCCAAUUCACAAUUGAUCAUUCCAAGGAAUUCCACGAUCACUACAAUUUCCGCCUCAAAUAUCCUUCACCAUAUUCAUCCCCAAAUUUUCUCUCAAAAAAUCCGAAUUACUGCCAUGAAAACCAAUCAAAAAUUAGAGCGCAGAGAAUUGGGAAACACUGGACUCAAACUAAGCUGUGUGGGUUUUGGUGCCUCUCCUCUUGGCAAAGUCUUUGGUGAUGUCUCUGAAGAACAAGCCAUUGCUACUGUUACUAAUGCUUUCAAUUUGGGUAUCAAUUUCUUUGAUACUUCUCCCUACUAUGGUGCAACGUUGUCGGAGAGGGUGCUUGGAAAGUGUUUGAAGGCACUUGGUGCACCUAGAGAUCAGUAUAUUGUUGCAACGAAGUGUGGCCGUUAUGCAGAAGGCUUUGACUUUAGUGCUGAAAGGGUUACUAGGAGCAUUGAUGAAAGCUUAGAAAGAUUACAACUUGACUAUGUUGAUAUACUACAAUGUCAUGAUAUUGAAUUUGGCUCUCUUGAUCAGAUUGUCAAUGAGACAAUUCCCACCCUUCAGAAAAUUAAAGAAUCUGGGAAGGCUAGGUUCAUUGGUAUAACCGGACUUCCUUUAGAUAUAUAUACCUAUGUUCUCGACCGAGUGCCUCAGGGUACAAUUGACGUGGUCCUGUCAUACUGUCAUUACUGUAUCAAUGAUUCAACAUUGGAAGAUUUAUUACCGUAUUUGAAGAGUAAAGGCGUCGGAGUGAUCAACGCUUCCCCUCUUUCAAUGGGGCUUCAUACAGAAAAUGGCCCCCCCGAGUGGCAUCCAGCCUCACCUGAGAUUAAGGCGGCAUGCAAAGCUGCAGCUGAUUACUGCAAAAAGAAUGGGAAGAAUAUAUCGAAGUUGGCACUUCAAUACAGCUUGCUAAACAAAGACAUUUCUACUGUACUUGUUGGCAUGAACUCUGUUAGACAGGUGGAGGAAAAUGUCGCUGCGGCUUUGGAACUCGAAGCUGUAGGAAAGGAUGAGAAAAGUUUUGCAGAAGUUGAAAACAUUUUGAAGCCUAUUAAGAAUCAGACUUGGCCCAGUGGUAUCCAAAAAACCUGAAACUGUUUACAAGCAGUAUUUAUAGGUUUGCUGGCUAAUAUUCCUCAGUUACAAUUGUUUCAUAAUACCAAAUACACGUUAGAAUUUAGAAAGGCAGUUUCUGAAUUUUCAGUGAAAUUUCAUUGGAGUGAACAAAAUUGUCAAUUGUCACUCCAAAUCAUGUAGGUGUCUGUGGAAACAACACUCUGAAAAGAAAAUAAAACACAUUUGAUUUUGUUA